UCGGGCGCCCACGGGCUCCUCCCUGGCUGGGAUUUCCUCCAGAGAGCUCGGCUCCUGCCCGGAGGCGCCGGCACCCAGCGAGGGGUCCCCUGCGUCCUGUCCUCUCCCCGGCCAUGGGUCGCCGGGCGCUCCUUCUGUUCCUGCCGCCCGUGCUGGCCGCGCUGGGCGGCCUCGAGGGCUCCGGGGCAGACGAAGCCCAGUGCAACCGGACGAGGCAAGUCGUGUGCGGGGACAGAUGCAUCCCUGUGGCCUGGCUCUGCAACGGAGAAGGAGAGUGCCCGGACGGGACUGACGAGCAGUGUGAGGAGGCGUGUCGCGGGCAUCCCCGAGCCUGGCAGUGCGACGACGGCGGGUGCAUUUCUCUCAGCUGGCUCUGUGACGGCACUGGCGACUGCCUAGAUGGCUCCGACGAGGUCGGCUGUGAGACAGUGACGGCAUGUCCAGACCACAAGGUCCGGUGUCCAGGAAGUCCCGAGUGCUGCGAUGCUUGGGAACUCUGCGAGGGCUUCGGGGACUGUGAGGACGGGCUGGACAAUGCCCGCUGCCCCCAGGACCACUGCCUGGCUGGGCAGUGGCGGUGCAAGAACAGGGUGUGUGUCAUGGAGAGCUCGAAGUGCGACGGCAUCGACGACUGUGGUGACGCCUCCGACGAGGACCUCUGCGCUCCCUGUCCAGAAGGCAUGGUCAGAUGUGAUGGAGGAAAGUGCGUCCGGGAAUCCCUGAUGUGUGAUGGGGAAGCGGACUGCGCGGAUGGAACGGAUGAGCCUGGCACCUGUGGUAAACACUGCUCUCUGGCCAACGGGGGCUGUGAGGGGCCGUGCAGUGACACCCGCUGGGGGGUCCGGUGUUCGUGCGCGGUUGGGUGGCAGCUGCAGCCGGACGGUCGGAGCUGCGGAGGUCCGGUUUCGUUGGGCUCAUCUAGUUUAAUAAAGUCCGUAUUGCAUGAAAUACACUUAACAUGAGAUUCACCGUUUUAAUCAUUUUUAAGUGUACAAUUCCGUGCCAUCUUGUACAUUCAUAAUGUUGUGCGACCAUCUCCAGUAUCCAUUUCCAGAGCUUUUUCGUCAUCCCCAAGAGAAACUCUGUGCUCAUUAACCAAUAACUCCUCAGGUCCCCCUUCUCCAGCCCCCGAUUACCUCCACAGACCACUUCCUGCCUCUGUGAAUCUGCUUAUAUUCUAGGACCACGUAUAAGCAGAAUCGAUAUUUGUCCUGUUGUGUCUUCUUUCCCUUAGCAUGUCUUUGAAUUCACCGAUGUUGUAACAUGUACCAGAGCUUCCUUUCUCUGUUAGGUCAGAUAAUAUCCCAUCGUUUGAACACAUCACGUUUCGUCUACCCGUUCAUCUUCAUGGACUUGAGGGCUGUUUUCACCUUUUGGCCGUUGUGGAUAAUGCUGCUGUGAACCCUGGUGCACAAGUAUCUGAGUUCACAGCUCUUGGGAGUAUGCCAGAAAGGGAACUGCUGGGUUGUGUAGUGAAUUCUGUAUUCAGU